GACGAGGAAUCCUGAGGCGCAAAUUGUGAGGAUUUGAGAAGGUGGUCCCUCAUCUUCCCACGCGGUUCUCGGAGACCGACGGCUCGGCCUGCUCAGUGCUUAGCCUCUGAGCAACAUGGCCAAGAUGGAGAGUGAUUGCAGGCAUCUUCUCACGUCCGAAGGAGAACACGAAGUACAGCCUGGACCUAUGAACAUCCAGUUUGAUUCUUCAGACCUAAAGUCUAAAAGGCCUUUCUAUAUAGAGCCCACAAACAUCGUUAAUGUGAAUGAUGUCAUUCAGAGGGUUAGCGACCAUGCCUCUGCGAUGAACAAGAGGAUUCAUUACUACAGCCGGCUCUCCACUCCUGCAGACAAGGCGCUGAUUGCCCCUGAUCAUGUAGUUCCAGCUCCAGAAGAGUGUUAUGUAUACAGUCCCUUAGGAUCAGCUUACAAACUUCAAAGCUACUCUGAAGGACAUGGUAAAAACACCAGUUUAGUAACCAUUUUUAUGAUUUGGAAUACCAUGAUGGGAACAUCUAUACUAAGUAUUCCUUGGGGCAUAAAACAGGCUGGAUUUACUACUGGAAUGUGUGUCAUCAUACUGAUGGGAGUUUUAACACUUUAUUGCUGCUACAGAGUAGUGAAAUCACGGACUAUGAUAUCCUCGCUGGGUACCGCUACCUGGGAAUAUACCGAUGUCUGCAGAUACUAUUUUGGUUCCUUUGGGCAGUGGUCAAGUCUCAUCUUCUCCUUGGUGUCCCUCAUUGGAGCCAUGAUAGUUUACUGGGUGCUUAUGUCUAACUUCCUUUUUAAUACUGGAAAGUUUAUUUAUAAUUUUGUUCAUCACAUUAAUGACACAGACACUAUGCUAAAAACCAACAGUAAUGACCUUGUGAUCUGUCCAAGUGCCAGGAAUGGUGACCAUCCUGACAACAACUCUAUGAUUUUCUACAUCAAUGACACGGAAGUCCAGCAAUUUGAAAAGUGGUGGAAUAAAUCUAAGACAGUGCCCUUUUAUCUGAUAGGGCUCCUCUUGCCAUUGCUCAAUUUCAAAUCUCCUUCAUUUUUUUCAAAAUUUAAUAUCCUAGGCACAAUAUCUGUUCUGUAUUUGAUUUUCCUUGUCACAUUCAAGGCUAUUCGCUUGGGAUUUCAUUUGGAAUUUCACUGGUUUGUGUCAACAGAUUUUUUUGUACCAGAGAUAAGAUUUCAGUUUCCACAGCUGACGGGUGUGCUUACCCUUGCUUUCUUUAUUCAUAAUUGUAUUAUCACACUCUUGAAGAACAACAAGAACCAAGAAAACAAUGUAAGGGAUCUGUGCAUUGCUUACAUGCUGGUGACGUUAACCUAUCUCUAUAUUGGAGCUCUGGUCUUUGCUUCCUUUCCUUCCCCACCAUUAUCCAAAGAUUGUAUUGAGCAGAACUUUUUAGACAACUUCCCCAACAGCGACAUCCUGUCCUUCAUUGCAAGGAUAUUCCUGCUGUUCCAGAUGAUGACGGUCUACCCACUCCUCGGCUACUUGGCUCGUGUCCAGCUGUUGGGUCAUAUCUUCGGUGACAUUUAUCCUAGCAUUUUCCAUGUGCUGAUCCUUAAUCUGAUUAUUGUGGGAGCUGGAGUGAGCAUGGCCUGUUUCUACCCAAACAUAGGAGGGAUCAUAAGGUACUCAGGAGCAGCCUGCGGCCUGGCCUUUGUUUUCAUAUAUCCCUCCCUCAUCUACAUAAUUUCCCUCCACCAAGAAGAGCGUCUGACAUGGCCUAAGUUAAUCUUUCACAUGUUCAUCAUCAUUUUGGGCCUGGCUAACCUGAUUGUUCAAUUUUUUAUGUGAAAUUUUCAACUGUUUUCUCAAGAUCGUUCGUGGUACUUCGAGCCUCGACAACAGUUCUACAUAAAUUGACUUAUCAGUGCUGUUGUUGCCCUAAUAUCUAAAUGUUUUCCUAAGACAACUGGAAAGCAGGGGAAAAGUGGUUCGUUAAUAGAUACUUCUGAUUAGAGUGGGGAGCAGGGCAAUAAGAAGGAUCUUAAUCUGUUUCUUUCUCAUGUUUGCCCACCUCUUUCUUGGUCUUGUCUUCUGGGUAGAAAUGUAUGUCCUAGGAUGAAACCAUGCUAACUUUGUUUUUGUUUUUAGAGAUAGAAGAUGGGCAGAUGGAUUGGGGCUAUUGUAAAGACUCUCAGGGUGUCACAGCAGCAUAUUGCCAAAUCCGGUUUCUGUUUUGUAUUUUGUAUAUUCACCUCAUUUUCUUACUUGCUAGCCUAUUUCUGCAGGUUGCCCAAAUCGCUGCUAUUUGCAACAGUAAACCAAAUACCUCAUUUUUUUUAAAGAAAAUUUAAUGACAUAAAUGUUAAGAGGGUGGAUUCUUAACUGAGCCUCUAUUUAAAGAAAAAAAAAACUUUCAGUACAGGCCUCAUGGUCAGGACAUAUGUGCAAAAUAAAAUAGAGUUUGCUGCUGU